AUGACAAGCCACGCACCCAUGCCGAAUCCGACUAGGCCUAUUCGUCGUCCUCUCAGCAACUCAAGCUCGAAUGUCAUCCUCGAGCCCGCAGUCUCCCAGAACAGCAACAAGAUCUCACCAUACAAGCCCAAGACCGCAGCACCCAGAGCACCGCUCAAGCCGUCGCAUGGCCUGAACAAGUUCAACGGCAUCUCAAUGGCUCCUCCCUCAGACAAGGCGCCAGUCACCGACUCUCUGCAGAAGAAGCCGCAGCUAUCCAAGUUCAAGACCGGCCUGCAGAAGCCAGCUCUCGCCAGCCCUCACGACGCCUUCUUUGGAAAGGAAAACGUUCAGCCUCAAAUCUUCCCGGCACCGCCGGCAAUCAACAUCUCCAUGGAGCAGUAUUACCAGGAUUCCAAUGGAAAGCGAGGACUGAUGGAGGCGGCACCGAUCAAGGACUCUCGAGUCAGCAGCAAAAAGCCCAAGGCCGAGGAGCAGGUGCUCCCGCCGCACGACUCGUUCCCUCCCAUUACUGACGAUGGCACCAAACCGCCUCACAGCUAUGCACAGCUUAUUGGAAUGGCCAUUCUUCGAUCUUCAAAACGACGCCUCACCCUUGCCCAGAUUUACAAGUGGAUCAGCGACAACUAUUCUUUCUACAACCCCAAUGACGCAGGCUGGCAAAAUAGCAUUCGACACAACCUGAGUCUGCACAAGAACUUUAUCAAAAUCGAGCGACCAAAGGACGAUCCCGGCAAGGGCAACUACUGGGGCAUCGAGCCCGGCACCGAGUUCCAGUUCCUCAAGGAAAAGCCCACGCGCAAAGCCGUCCCGACUGCCGAGAACCUCCCCGUCAUGUCCACCCGCCUCGAGCCCUCUCGACCUACGCCAGCAUUGAUGCCCGAGCCGUGUCUGCCGCCUCCUGCUCCCAUCCAUCAUCAUCAGCACCACCACCACCAGCAGCAUCAGCCGCAUGCGACCAGCCUCCCUCCGCUGCCGACUUCUCAGGCGACCUUGUCCAUGCCUCUGGAGCCCUCAUCAGACGCCACCAUUCUUCUGUCCGACAACGCGCCCGCCGAGGACCUGGCGGACAAGGGACCGGACAACGAACUGCCAUUGGAAUCGUCCUUCUUCUCGCCCCUUCCUCCCGCCCUCAACUCCACUCCGCCGGUUCCCCGGCCAGAGCGACGAAACGGCACACCGCCCCCUGUGAGCCGCAAUCCCGCCUCGUCCGCAACCAGGACUCACAAGCGCAAGUUUGCCUCCAUGGACGACAGCGGCUACAUCUCGUCUCUCGAGUCUUCCGCCAUGCGCCCGAACGCAGCCAGGUCGGCCCUCUUCACAUCCGAGGCGGACCGACACCGCAUCAAGCGCGGCCGGGCUGAGGAGGAAAUUGCACGGCUGAGAGGAUCUUCUCCCUUUAGCCCAACCAAGAGUCGCUCGCUCUCCAGCUAUGGGCUUACUUCGUCAUCUCCUUUCCGUCAGUCCCUCGACAACCAGAUGCCUCCCCCCCUCACUCCCGUUGUCAAGAAGGUCAAACCCAUUGCGCAGCCACCACCUUCGGUGUCUCCCAACACGAACCUGCGCAUCCAUCGCGCCAAGGUCCGCCACAUGCUGCAGUCUCCUCUUCGGCGUGUCGCCAACCUGUCGAAUGAGGACAUGUUGCCGUGGAGCCCCGCCUUCCGGCUGGAUGACAGCAUCUUCACCUUUGAUACGCCCAAUGCCAGCAGCAACCUCCCCGACUUUGACAUUUUCCAAGACCUGCCCGUGGAUGAUGAAAACGUCUUUGACAGCAUUGGCGCUGCAGAUGCGGGCUCGCCCAUUAAGCGCUCGGCCAAGCGCGCUCGCUUGGAUCGGUCCAUUUCGUCGUCAGCCAUUGGGGAGAUGUCGGCUUCAAAGAGGCUUCUCACAUCGGCCCCUCUGCUCAAGGCCCCUGACACGCCUUCGCAGUUUCUGGAGACACCGAGCAAAGUCUUUGAAGGCCUCAGCUCUCCCUCCAAGAUCCUCCAGGGGUCGCCAAUCAGGGGCAACUCGCCAAGCAAGUUCGUCUCGCUGAUAGAGCUUCCAGGAGAUGCCGACUGGCCGUCCCUUCACCUGGACACCGGCGACUUUGCUUCGGGUGAUACGUCCGACUUCACCGGCCUUGAUAUCCUUCAGGGUUUCGAAAAGAUUGGAUCUGGCUCUCAGCCGUCCAAAGGCUUGAAGCAGAGUGGAAAGCCCACCCUGGGUCGAAGCUUUACAACCAACUUUUAG